GCCGCCGCCGGCCGCCCUCCCUCCCUCAUGUCGUGGCUGUUCGGGCUGAACCGCGGCGCGGCCCCCGCGGGCGGCGGGGACGGAGCCCCCGGCGGCUCCGGUCUGUCCCUGCCGCCGGUCCCCGGCGGGGCUGGAGCGGCAGCGGGGAGCGCGGGCGGGGAGCGCCAGCAGCCCAAGGACAAAUGGAGCAACUUCGACCCCACGGGCCUGGAGCGGGCGGCCAAGGCGGCGCGGGAGCUCGAUGCGUCCCGCCAUGCCAAAGAUGCUCUUAGUCUCGCCCAGAUGCAAGAGCAGACCCUGCAGCUGGAACAGCAAACAAAGCUUAAGGAGUAUGAAGCUGCCAUAGAACAACUGAAGAAUGAGCAGAUACGGGUACAAGCAGAAGAGAGACGGAAGACACUCAGUGAAGAAACAAAACAGCAUCAAGCACGAGCCCAGUACCAGGACAAGUUGGCAAGACAGCGCUAUGAUGAGCAGAUGCGACAGCAGCAACUUGCUAAUGAAGAGAAUCUGAGGAAGCAGGAAGAAUCUGUACAGAAGCAGGAAGCCAUGAGGCGAGCUACCGUAGAGCGAGAGAUGGAGCUGCGGCACAAGAACGAGAUGCUGCGUGUGGAGGCGGAGGCGAGAGCCCGGGCCAAGGCGGAGCGGGAGAACGCGGACAUCAUUCGGGAGCAGAUCCGCCUCAAGGCUGCUGAGCAUCGCCAGACGGUGCUGGAGUCCCUCAAGACAGCUGGGAUGCUCUUUGGGGAAGGAUUCCGUGCUUUUGUAACAGACUGGGAUAAAGUUACAGCCACGGUGGCUGGCCUAACCCUGCUGGCAGUGGGGGUUUACUCUGCCAAGAAUGCCACAGCAGUAGCAGGGCGCUACAUAGAAGCACGGUUGGGCAAACCCUCCCUGGUGAGAGAAACCUCACGCAUCACUGUGCUAGAGGCACUGAAGCAUCCCCUCACGGUGGGGAAACGUCUUACCAGCAAGGCUCAGGAUGCCCUUGAAGGAGUUGUUCUCAGUCCACAGUUAGAAGCACGUGUGAGAGACAUUGCCAUAGCAACAAGAAAUACAAAAAAGAACAAAAGCCUAUACAGGAAUAUUCUUAUGUAUGGUCCUCCUGGCACUGGGAAGACGCUCUUUGCCAAGAAAUUAGCCGUGCACUCGGGCAUGGAUUAUGCCAUCAUGACGGGUGGCGAUGUUGCCCCCAUGGGGCGGGAAGGAGUCACUGCCAUGCAUAAACUCUUCGACUGGGCAAACACCAGUAGGCGAGGCCUCUUGCUGUUUGUGGAUGAAGCAGAUGCAUUUCUGCGGAAGAGGGCAACAGAGAAAAUCAGUGAAGAUCUCAGAGCAACUUUAAAUGCAUUCCUGCACAGAACAGGGCAGCACAGCAACAAGUUUAUGCUUGUUUUAGCAAGCAACCAGCCUGAGCAGUUUGACUGGGCCAUCAACGACCGGAUAGAUGAGAUGGUGAACUUCGAUCUGCCCCAGUUAGAAGAGCGGGAGCGGCUUGUGAGGAUGUAUUUUGAUCAGCAUGUCUUGAAGCCAGCCACAGAGGGCAAACAACGUUUGAAGCUGGCCCAGUUUGACUAUGGGAAGAAGUGCUCAGAGAUUGCCAGGUUGACAGAGGGCAUGUCUGGCCGGGAGAUCUCUCAGCUUGCUGUGGCAUGGCAGGCUGCAGCUUAUGCAUCAGAGGAUGGGGUUCUUACAGAGGCCAUGAUCGAUGCCCGGGUAGCUGAUGCUGUGCAGCAGCACAAACAGAAGAUGGAGUGGCUGAAAACAGAGGGUGCUGAAGCAAGCAAAGGGCCUGGCAGAAACCCCCUCCUGCCUUUCCCUAAGGGGACACCCGUGUGAGAAGGCUGCAGGCUUCAGACCAGCACAUGAGGGGCUGUGGCCAUGGGGGGAACCCGGGAGGGGCUUUGGGGCAAGGGUUUGGUGGAAUCAUUGGUGAGAGAAAUGUGUCCCUUGGGGCAAGGGGGGCACUGCCUUGGUCUGCCUCUGAUUCGUGGCUUUAAAGGGCACCAGAAACCAAAAGGGUUUCAAUGAGCAGAAGGAAGUGAAUUAAAGGACCCCCUUGCUGAAA